CUCAAACCCUGUCUCCAUAAAAACAUCGCGACCAACAAACAUCUGAAAGUGUUUCCGAGGCACAACUUCACAAGCACUGCCCCCAAAGACACACCUUAAGAUCAAUUGGAUCACUCGUUCUCCAAUAGCCGAAUUCACCUAAUCCAAGACAUCCUUCCUGUCUGGGCCGAGGUCCUGCCAAAAAUUUCCAUUUAGUCAACAAAAAUCUUCCAAUGAGGAAGACAACCUGCAGUACAACUGCGCAAUUCCUUCGCAACACAUUGAAGCACGCGUCUCGUACUCACUCAGUCCAUUACUCUUCGAGUUUUGCGACCAAGAUGGCGAGUACUCCAAAAUCUACUCCGGUAUCGCCCGAACGAAAGCAGAAUAAGUCCACAACUCUAGAUACCUCCCAUCCGAUUGAGGUCCGAAAGCAAAUCCGAAGUCAUGGUCUUCUUCCUCCCAAUGUCGAGUCUCAUGCUCUUCAAGCCCAAAGAUGCCUCAAGCAAUUGGCUUCAAAGACAACUUCUAUUGAGAAGUAUAUCUACUUGAGCAAUUUGAGAAAUGCGAAUAGCCACCUCUUCUACCGCUUGCUGCUCGACAAUUUCUCUACUUUGACACCAAUUCUGUACACUCCCGUCGUCGGUGAGGCGUGCUUGAAGUGGUCUGAGAUCUAUCAACGACCAGAAGGUCUCUAUGUCUCUUGGCAUGACCGCGGAAACAUCGCCAAUGUAUUGCGCAACUGGCCUAAGCCCAAGGUCGAGAUCACAGUCGUUACUGAUGGCUCGCGAAUCCUUGGAUUGGGUGAUUUAGGCGUCAAUGGAAUGGGAAUUCCUAUCGGCAAGCUCAACUUGUACACAGGUUGUGCUGGUAUCCGACCUGAGAAUACCUUGCCUUUGUGUCUCGAUCUCGGAACCAACAAUGAGGCUUACCUGAAGGAUCCUCUCUAUUUAGGUGCUCGUAUGAAAAAGGUGACCGAUGCUGAGGAAAAGGAGUUUCUUGAUGAGUUGAUGGUUGCUUUGAAUACUGUUUGGCCAGGGAUCGUUGUCCAAUUUGAGGACUUCAAGAACCCUUUUCCUGCUCUUGAGAGAUAUCAACAUAAAUACUCCUGCUUCAAUGACGACAUUCAAGGCACUGGAGCUGUCAUCUUGGCUGGUAUUAUUAACGCUUUGAAGGCAACUGGUAAACCGGUCAAAGACCAACGAGCUGUCUUUAUUGGAGCAGGAAGUGCUGGCGUCGGAGUGGCUAAGCAAAUUGUUGAGUUCUUUGUGAAGGAAGGCUUAACUGAGGACGAGGCACGACGAUGCUUCUGGUUUGUUGAUACGAAGGGGUUGAUUACCAAUGAUCGUGGAGACAAGCUUGCGCCUCACAAAAUCUACUUCUCUCGGGAUGAUAACAAUGGCCAACAAUUUAGGGAUCUUGAACAAGUUGUCGAUUACGUCAAGCCCACUAUGCUCCUAGGUCUCUCUACCAUUCGAGGUGCUUUCAAUAAGACGGUUCUCGAGAAGAUGGCACAGUUGAACGAUCAACCCAUCAUCUUCCCACUUUCCAAUCCUUCAAGCAACGCUGAGUGUUCCUUUGAAGAAGCUGUGAAGUACACUGAUGGGAAGGCGAUCUUUGCGAGCGGCAGUCCAUGGCUACCCUUUCUCUACAAGAACAAGAUCUUGCAACCAAGUCAAGGAAACAACGUCUACGUCUUCCCGGGUAUUGGUCUCGGCGCAAUCCUCAGCAAGGCAGUUCAUAUCAGCCAAGAAAUGAUCUACGCUUCAGCUGUCGCUCUCAGCAACGCAACGAACGCAACUGAGAUCAACGACGGCAAGCUAUACCCUGACAUGGACCGUAUCCGCGACGUCAGUGUCAUCGUGUGCCGAGAAGUAAUCAAGGAAGCUCAAGCCCAAGGACUUGAUCGCGAAACCUCCAUUCGAGGCAUGAGCGACGCUGAUCUCGACGCCUGGAUUCGCAGUCGCAUGUAUGAUCCUUAUAAGGAGACUGGUGUUGAUGAGGGUGUUCAGGGUGAGAAGAUUAGAGGCUCGCCUGUUAAGAAGUCGCUUUUGUGAUUUAGAUACUAGUGAGGGAGGGGUAAUUGCGGGGUAGUUGGGUCAGAUUUCUGUGAGAUAUAGCAUAAACAAGGCGGCGCUUUCACGAGCAAAGGAACCAAAAUGGGUAGAAGUGGUUGGCAUACUGGUUGUACAGCACGUUUCGCCUUUCAGAUCAAUUUAGGUAUCCGAAAAGUUGGGAGAAGAUUUUGCUGAUUCCCUCGAAAGAGGUUAUUAAACUUCUUUUCCUCGAGAAUAGCUAAUUAAAAUGCCUCUGUAGUCACUUUACUGCACAUGAACUCA